AUCUCCCACCCAACCACAUGCCUCAGUGCCUCCUCCGUAAACAGUGGGGUUGGGUCACAGUUGCCUCCAAGAUCCACCAUUCUGGUGCUCCUGCUCGCCCCGCUGUUGACUGGAAUUACCAGUCUAAAUCAACAGGCUAUUAUUUUCUAUCCUACAGAGACGACUCUGCAGAGACCCCAGGAGCUUGACGGGAAGGAGGAAGGCCUCUCUACCCAAAUGCAAGAUGGCGGCCCCAGCGACGGAGACGUCGGCGACUUCUAGACUCAUCGUGCCAGCCUUUGCCAGGAUCCAAAAUGGCGGCGAAGAGCGUCGUCUCAGGGCGAGUGGGUGUAGGUUGUCAUCUGUUUCCUUCCUGCUCGCCCUAAGGCUCUUGGUCAAUUGGAACUGAUUUUCUGAAUGGAGAUUGACUCUCUCUUUGAGGACUUGAGUCUCAGAAGAUAACAUGGGACCUGUAAAAGAAGCCAAUGAAGAAGGUGUGAUUUUGAUUAGUGACGAUGAAACAGACAUUGAAACUACAUUAGGGAAUUCUGUUGUGGUGAUUGAACCUUCUGAAAAUUCUGAUAUAGAAGAGAAGAAAUCUGAAGAAAUUGUGGAUGAGGAAUCUGGGCUAGUAGUUACUUUCUGCAAAAAAGGGAUGGUGAUGCCACAUGCAAGAUAUGACUGUAUGACACACCCCUUUGAACGAACAGAGAAUGAGACAUGUAUUCCUGUUAAACAAAAUUCAGAUAUAUGUGGUCAGUGCUACUGCUACAUUUGUGAUAAACUAGCAUCAGAGUGUCAGUACUGGACAACUUCUUCCUCUUGUCAUUGCAAUGCCCAUAACAAAAGUAAAUUUUGGAAGGAUCAACGAAAUUUUACUUUGACUGGUGUCCUUGUGAUUUUUAACCUCGAACUCACAGAAAUAGACACAGAUCUCCAUCAUGGGGACUUUUCUUUGCCCCUUCCCUCUCCCUUCCCUCUUGUAUUUUUUGUAGGAGAGCUUCUAUUUAAAUUUCUUCGAGAGCUUUCUAUACAAUAUAACAACUAUCUUUCUGGAGAAAUUAUUCUGAGUUUUCAGGAUUGCACAUGUCCCUCAAAACAGACACCUGGACGAUGUAAUAUCUGCAGUCGGUUUCAAAAUGAGGUUAUAUAUAGGUAUUCAGAUGUUUUUAAUUUGGUGUCUUCAUUUAUAAAUAAAGCAGAAAAAGAGAAGCCUAAAAGUGCUGCUGUGAUGUUGUUGGGAACAGCCAGAGAAAUAGCACUUCACAAGGACCCUGCUCAGUCCUGGCAAAAUCUUGGACCAUCUGAGUCUCUGAAAUUGGCUGUGCCUUUGCUUAUGUCAAGGAUUACCAAAAACCUCCAGAGGAUGCUUGUGCUCAAUGACUUUCCCAAGCAACUUUAUGAAAAAUUCAUUAGCUUUUUCCAGGCUAUUCCCCUUCCCCCUUGCUGUUUUAAGUUCACAAAUUGCCUGAAUAUUGCAUCAUGGGAUCACCGAUUACUAACCACGGUUUUAAAAGGCCAGAAUAUUACUGGUGAACAAAAAAAGAAUGGGAAGAAGGAAUUCCUCUGGGAAGUUCUUACUGUGAUAAAAGCUAGAACUGAAAAAAUGGAGAACAUGGGACAGUACAAAGAACUAGUUCGAUAUUUGAGAGCAGUAAAGUGUAACGAAGGCACUGGGUUAAGGGAUCUUAGAGACAAGAUUCCUUUCUAUUUGUGCAAAAGUGGUGAUUUCACGGGUGCUGCAUGCUCACUACUGCUUCCUGUCAACAACCUGGCAUGUUGCACGGCCUGUCGGCUUGCACCCUUUCAGUUUGAGAGCUACUUGAAGAUGUUUUGGACUGGAAGCGUCCCCUCAGGGAAGGACUUCCAGGACUCUGACAAGUGGAUUUUGAAUGUAGGUGCUCCUGUAAAAUGUUGUGUUCUAAUUAAGCAGGCCCUCCGAGUACUAUACAGCAACCAGUCCUUGUACAGAAAUGCAAGAUGUUGGAGUGCCCUCAUUACAGUUUUGGGCAGUAGUCCUAUUUUGGAACAGAAUGGCCUCUUAACUACUCUCACACUGAGAGAACCAUCAUCUUCCUUCAGACAGAUGGUAUGGGACGUGUCCUUUGGCAUUUUAGAAGAACUGAGAUUGAAAGUCAAUAUUUCCUUGCCUUCAAAUAUAUUUUAUGGUUCUCGAAACCUUGAGGCCUGCUUUCUUCUCACCAUUAAAGCUGUGCUUCAGAUGCUGCUCACUGACUUGCCAUGGUUGACUUCUCUUCUUGAAAUAAUAUUAGCUUUUGGGAAAAAUUUCUGGGCACUAAAGCUAUUUUUGGAAGACCUUUUGUACCAAAUGCCUGUUCUUCAUGACAUUGUCAGUAUGAUUGUCAAAGAUCUGAGUUACCAGAAACACACUCUGCUAAAAUUGUGGCAAACCCUGGGUCCAGACUAUGUUGGAGAGCUACUCUGUCUUUUCCUGAGCUUCAGGAAUUCACAGUUGCAGUCCAUUGGCAUCUUUCUGUCACAUGUGGUAAUAGAAAACUUGAAUCAGUGUCCUUGGGCAAAGUCACUUGAUAUUUUUCGUCUCAAAGGUUUCAGAAGACCUCAUCUCGAAACUGCAAAUCAUCUUCAAUUGAGCAAAUUUGUAUCUAUAUUGGAGAAUUUGUAACUAUAUCCUAAAUCAUUUCUCUUGGGAAUUAUGAAUUUGUCACACUCACUGCCAGAUACCUACAAGCCCGCAAUUAUUGCUUCAUGUUCAGAAUUUCCUCGGCUUUGAUGUCUUGAUAGUAAGGCUCCAGAUUGCCAAACCUAGUGGCCUCUGUUUUUAUUCACCUGCUAUUACAUUCUGAACUGAGGGUCAUGGGGAAGAGUCCCAAGAUAAGAUGAACCAAUUGAAAUGUCUUAGUUCUCUAAGUACCCAUUGUUUACCUUCAACCUAUACAGUUUGUCCCUUUCCAGGGUUUGGACAACUAUUAAACAUCCAGGUGUUCCUUUCAGAGUGCAGACAAAGUUGUCAUCUGACAGAGAAGGCUUCCCCUGCUCCACAGAUUAGUUACCUUUCAUGCAUGUGAUGUGAGUUUCCUGUGUUUGUGCAGAAUGACAUCGCAAAGGGUAGCAGGCCUGUGUGGGGGAAAUCCAAUUGGGCACUAGUUCUGGGUUAAUUUUUUUUAAUCUUCAAUCAGAAAUCACAGGUCUAGCAUUUGACCUAGUAUUUUAAGAUCUUUGUUUCUCCUUUAAAUAUUUAAUUGAAACUAUAAUACUGUAGAUUUUUGUAAAGGUAGAUCUGAAGAAAUACUCUAGAUUUUCAAACCAGUGUUUUGUUUAUUAAGUUACAGUUGCCCCAGAAGAAGAGGGGUUUAGAAUUUCUCACUCUGCUGCUAUCAUAAGUAAAUUAUCAGGAAAUAAGUUCUUAAUAAAUUACGUUAACAGUCAAUCAUAUCUGUCCUAACUCAUGAAAACAGUAACAGAAAGUUUACUUUGGCUUCUGUUGUCUAUCCGAACUUUGAUCUUCAGCUCCUGAAAUCCCCCAAACUUUAUUGGAAGCGGUGUUCUCCAAAUGCCUCCUUUCAGUUUUCUUUAAAAUGAUUUCUGAUGUAUUUUUGCACAUAUGGGACUUUCAAAUAACUUAAUUUGUCCAAGUCUAAAUUAUUUUUUAAAAUCCUAUUCAAACUUUUGGAGAUUAUGUAAGAUAAGUGUCAGAAUUUUUAUUAGCUCUGCUUAACCUCGUGAAAUAAAACUUUAUGUUGUUAUCUU